GGCGGGGUAUGGGAGGCAGUCGGCCUGGGUUUCUCACCCUCUCUCGAGGAGCUGCGCGCCCUGGCGACCGCCUGCGUGCGCGGGGCGCCGCCGAGCCUGGCGGAGGGCGACGGCGGCGCCGCGCCGGCGCCGGCCCGCGUGGACCGCUGGUCCCCGCACGCCUUCGUGGACGCGUUCCUCGCGAAGCACUGGGUGGACUUCAAGCUGGGGAGGUACGCGGACGCGAGUGAGGCGCUGUCGUUCAUCCUGGAAGACGCGCCUGGUCUCGCCAGCCUCUUCCAGACGGGAUGCGACGAGGAGGCCAUGAUGAGGCUCCCGGCAUUCGUGGACGGGGCAGACGACGGCGACGACGCCCUGUCGCCGCAGGACUUCUUCCUCGACGGGGGCGCGCAGCGACUGGACGUGCGAGAGCUGCUCCGCCGCGGCGCCUCCAUGGGCGGGCGACUGCGAUCGAAGCCCGAGUUGCUGGCGGUCCACGUGCCCCAGAGGUGGGAGCGGGGCGACGGCGCGGCGCUCUUCCUCGGCGGCUGCGACAUCGCGCCCUACUGGGGUGACCUCCCGGAGGUGGCUCUGAGGGCGGGGGAGGAAGACGUCGCGUACCGCCUGCGCGCCUACGUGCAGUACAUCCUGCCCGAGGGAUCGGAAGCCGUCCCAUCCCACUUCCUGAAUGACCCCCAGGGCCACUUCGUGGCUCACUUCGAGGAGGACGGGAGCUGGUACACUGCAGACGACCUGGGCGAUCGGCCGCACGUGGUCCAGUGGGCGCCUGGCACCGAGCACAAGAUACCUUGCAUGAUCUUCCUUGAGAAGGUGGACUCCAGGGCGGCCCGCGCCGAGGCGUGCCCGUGGCCGCCCGGGCCGGUCGUCGACGGCGCGGAGGGCGCGGGCGGCGACGGCGACGGCGACGCGGACGGCGAGGACAGCCCCGGCCUCGACGGGGAGUGCGACGAGGAGGAGGACGGGGCCGGCGACGCUGGCGUGCCGGGCGCGCGGAAGCGGCCCGCGGCGUCCACGAGGAGCGGCGCCCCUGCCAAGAAGCGGCUCCGCCUCCGAGGGAAACAGAGCGCUGCUGGACGGCAGCAGAGCCGCGCUGGGAGGCAGCAGAGCCGCGCUGGGAGGCAGCAGCAGCAGAGCCGCGCCGGGAGGCAGCAGAGCCGCGCUGGGAGGCAGCAGCAGCAGAGCCGCGCUGGGAGGCAGCAGGCCAGGGAGGAUCAGAAGCGCGGUUGCAAGCCGGAGGAGGUACUGCGACAGGGGCGGAAGCCGAAGAGCAAGGGCGACAACGCCGACGGAUCCAGACAGGACGCCCAGAACAACGCCGCCGCCCCUGUCCUCCGCAGCAGCAGGGAGGCGAAGAGCUUGCAGACCGCCAGCGAGGAGCGCCGGUUGUGUGGGGAUCUCUUCCUGCUCCUGCACUUGCUGGAGCCGCUGGUCGCUGCCGAUGACCUGCUGAAGCAUUACCCUGACUUCUUCGUCUACGCGGGCGACGACUGCACCCGCCGAUGGGCGACGUUCCUGCAGGCACCCGAUCGACCCGACAAGUUGGCCGGGAGACUGCGGGAAGCGCUCGGGGUCACGGAGAACGAGAUUUCCGACGCCAAGCGUCGACUGGAGAGCGGGGAAUGGCACGUGCACCACGUCGCGGAGCUCCUGGACGAGCGCCUGGGCUCCGCCCACGGCGCCCCCUCCGUGGCGGCCGCGGCCCGCCUGGCGGCGAGCGACGCGUCGGCCGCGCUGGGCGACGGCAACCCGCUGAGGGCGCACCUCGCGGAGGCGUGGCAGCGCAGACCCUGCAACCGCGGCCCUCCCCGGCGCGCCGCCAUGCCUGCGCGCCUUCGGGAUCGCUCUGACUGGUUCCAGUGCCCCGCGCCUGCGCUGCAUUAUGCCUGCCGCAUGUGCGAGGCCGAGUUCCCCAACAGGGAGGCGUUCAAGGCGCACCAGGGCAGAGUCCACGGGGGGCAGCGGUGGUACCAGUCGCAGUAUGUGGCGCGGUGCGAGCUGGAGCCCUACCAGCCGUCGCCGACCGAGGAGGGUCAGGUGGUUGCCAGGUUCCACAUUUCCCAGUGCUGCGCCACCGUCGACCCCGUGGACGAGCCGUUCGUCCCGAAGCCUGAACCGGAGGUGCAGAAGCAGCUGCUCCACGCGGAGAUCAUCGGCAGGAUCGCCGGCAAGAUCGGGCAGGGGGGGCCCGCGGAGGAGAUCCCCCUGCAGGCGGCCGGCGCGGCGGAGUCGGCAGCCCGCGCUCAGGCGGCGUGCCGGGCGAGGGAGCCCCGCGCUUUCCAGGCCUGCGUCUGCUGCGCCAUGCAGCAGUGGUCCGAGAACCUCCACUCGGAGUACCUGGUCGGCGACAAGUGCACCGUAAAGGACCGGGCCCAGUUCGCGGACUGCCUGUCGGCCGAGUGGUAUCACCAACGAUGGCCCCUCAUACCGCGCGACGAGCUGAUGUCGUCGGCCGUGAACUUUCCCCACGACGACUGCGAGGGCUCGCCGACGUCCACGAAGAUACUCUUGCACAAGAGGCGCGUGCCGCCCGAGGCGCUCGAAGGGAAGGUGCCGGUGAAAGUCUGCGACGAUUGCCGGAAAGUCCCGUGGUCUGAUCACCCCAAGGUGCCGCUCAUGGCGCUGGUGAACGACCUCUGGCUGGGCCGCCACCGCCCGCUGCUCAGGAAGGCCGCUCUCGCGCACCAGUUGCUGCUCGCGCUCGGCCGCGUCGUGUCCACGAAGAUCUACCUGUCCAGCAAGGGCGCCGACAAGGCCGUCCGGCAGGAGCAGCAGUCGUGGAGGCAGAAGUUCUUGCAGUACGCCAUGCAGGGCACCGCCAUCGUGUUCGGGAACGGGAACGUGGACCACGCGAUGCGGAGCUUCCCGCCGGAGCCCGACAUGCUCAGGGACACGUUCGUGGCCGUCUUCGCGGGCGCCGACGACGACGAGGAGGGCGCCCCCCUGACCGAGGAGCAGAAGCAGGAGAGGGCCUUGAGAGCCAUGAGGGAGGAGGUGGCGUUGCGCGUCGACAAGGCGGAGUGCGACGCCCAGGCGCGGUUGUUGAAGCAGCACAACUACGUGUGCAAUGACCCGGGCGUGCAGUGCCGAUCGGACCUCGUGGACCGGUUCCCCCCGCAGCCGGGCGUGCCCGACUUCAUGCUGGCCUGCGCGAAGUAUGUCCCCACGGACGCGGCGCUGGACGACGUCGCGCAGUCGCAGGGUCCCGCGUCGGCCACCACCGGUGCGCAGGCAGAGAUGAGCGCGGCCGCCGAGGACGCGCAGGAGCUGACCAAGUGGCUGUCCGUCCUCGAGGACCACAUGGACGACGUCAGCGAGCUCACGUCCCUGCCGGCGCUCCAGGGCAUGCUCGAGAGGAUGGAGAGUCAGGCGGGUCGCGUGGUGGCCAACGAGCUGAUGUCCAGACUCGAGGACCAGGGAGGCGAUGAUAGGGCGCUGCAGCUGGACGAGAUCGGGCGUGGCCGCCUGCGGGACCUCUGCCAGGAGUUCCACGCGCGCUGUCGGAAGAUCUCCCCGGGGGAGGACAUGGCGAAGCUGCACUGGCGCGUCCAGGCGCUGGAGACCAACAACUGUCAGGCGGAGGAGGGCGCGGGCGACUUGGCGCGAUCUGCAGGAGUCGCGGGGACUCCCGCCGAGGACGAUCCGCGCUCCUUGCAGGGACCGCCCGGCCCAGACGGCCAGCGGAAGGCGAGGCUUCGGGUGCCCACUUCGAGGAAGGCGGAGAGCUGGUGGAAUCCGAAGUACUGGUCGAUUGCCAGGCCCACGGACUUCUGCUACGGGGACCCGCAGAGGCAGAAGGAGGCUCGGCUCUGCUUCAGCGUGGCGCACUUCAUCAAGAAUCUUCUCACGCGGGAGGAGAUGGAGUACGAUGUGCCUUCGGACGAGGAGAAGUACGUGGCCAGGCCCAUCAGUCGUUUCCGGAGCUGCUGGUACGACGUGCACCUGCUGUGCUCCUUCUGGAGAGUCACGGAGACGACCAACAGCACCUACACCUUGAUGAAGACGCCCGGGGCGUUCGGGGCCGCUCGCGCCUGCGCGGACAUCACGCCGGAGAUGAUCGAGGAGGUGCAGCUCAGGGCGCAGCAGGCGGGCGGGAAGGCCACGCUGCACGGCAUCCUCAAGGACAAGGACACCCCGAACGAGGUGCGCAAGGCCUUCGCCACCCUGGGCCAGGCCACUGCCGGCCAAGUCGGGUCCGACGGACACAGGCGGGAGCUGCGCGGAGAGGGCGAGGCGUAUACCCUGCGCUUCGGCCCGCCCGUCCAGUUCGUCACCCCGAAUCUGGCAGACACCAAGCAGCCCCUGAUCCUGAUCGUGCAGGGGGAGGAGUACACCUUCGACAACGACCUGACCGAGGCGGAGCAAGUCACGUUCAGCGAGAUGUCGCAGCGCAUCACCGCGGACCCCGUGGGCCAGGCCGUGGUGUUCGAGCUGAUGAUGAGGCUGUUCUUCGUCCACGUCCUCGGCCUGCGCCCGGAGACCGUCGGGUGGCGGCGAGGAGAAGUCCGAAAGGCUUCGGGGCACUGGAUAUCCGACGGCGUGGCGGCCGACCUCAUGGGCGUGCCCACGGUGUUCGGCCCCCUCGCGGCGGCCUUCGGCCCGGUCGAGGCUCAGGGCCGCGGCUCGCUGCACCCUCACAUCCUCAUCUGGCUGCUGCAGGGUCAGCUGCGCGUGCUCUUGGACAUGCUGCAGCGCGACGAGGCGCGCUUCCAGGAGCGCUUGAACCUGUGGAUGCGGCAGGUGGUGCAGGCCGUGGUCGCCACUCAGCAGAGCGCCGUGGAGCUGCUGCCCCUGCAGCUGCAGGGGGGCGAGAACAAGUGCGGGGUCACGGUGCCGCCGCUGCCGUUCGGGCCCAACGAGAAGCAGUACUUCCGGGCCGACGGGGGCGCGGAGAUGGCGACUGCAGAGCAGCUCGGGGACGGAGGCGAGACGGAGCCGCAGGAGCUGUGGUUCUACGAGCCCAAGGUAGACGACUACCACAGGGCGAUUCGCCCCGAUCUGCCGCUGCGCAACAACGGCGGCGAGAUCGUGGGGUACUGGCGGCGGCCGCUCUCCAGCAGCGCCUCCGGCAUCUUCCCGAGGUACCGCGGCGGGGGCACCCUGGCGAAGUCUCUCCCGAGCGAGGAGUGGAUUCGCGAGAUGUGCCGCGACGUGCGCGAGCUCGUCAUCGGCUGCGGCAUCCACGUCUGCAGCCCCUCUUGCUACAAGUACAAGUACCAUUCCGACAGGACGCGCGGCUCGCAGAUCUGCCGCCACAACUUCUACAACCUGGUGACAUUGUGCACGUGGACCGAGGGUGAGGACUCCCGAGAGUGCCGACUCCGCACGCGCGGGAAGGCGCUGCGCGGCUGCAUCGGCAUAUUCCGGGAGACGGACUACGGCAUGGCCGGACGCAUCGUCACCUUCCAGCUCCACCCCGGGGAGACCUCCACGAAGUACGCGGCACUCGUCGCGGCGCGGUGCAACGUGGACGUGCAGGACAUGAGACGGGUGCUGCCCCCGCGCCUGUGGAUGGAUGCGUCGGAGCUGGAACCGCCGGCGAACGAGGAGGACCGCAAGAGCUACAACCAUGGCCUCUACCCUCAGCGCUACGCCGACUUCUCGGUGGGCGCCCGGGAGGACUGGGGAUGGUUCCAGCAUCUGAACACCACGCCCGCGGAGAAGUGGGACCUCGUCGUAGUCACCGACUGGCACGGGAUCUACAGGACACUCGCGAACCGCGACAGCCCCGCCGUGGACAGUGGCGACGCUGCGCGCGCCGAUCUCCAGCGCGACCUGGAGCGGCACGCGCUGGCCACCUUCGUGGGCGCCCACAACGCGAGCUACUACGUCAACUCGUACACCACGAAGGUGAACCCCAGCAUGGACGACGUGCUUUGCAAGCUCCUUGACGGCGUGCGCCGCCUGAAGAGCCAGUGGGACGACAAGGGGGCGCAGGCCGCGGGCGACGCCGGCGACGAGGCCCAGUCGACAGCCGCAGGAAAGCGCAAGGAGGAUUUCAAGCGCACGCUGCAGGUGCUGGCCCGCUUCGAGACCUGCUUCCGCAGGGCCUCCUGGAAGAGCGGCAGCGAGAUGGUCUUCCCCAUGCUCUUCGGGCACCUCUCCUUCAUGACGCACCGUUGCUGGAAGGUGUUCAUGCGGAAAUCCAUCUACCUCGCCGCGGAGUCCUGGCGCAGGCGGCACGGCCAGGCCGACGCCGCGGAAAGCGCACCCGCCGCCUCGAUCACGUACGCGGUCCCCGGCACUGGACAGCAGGUCGCGAUGCCAGGGUGGCGCGAGGUGCAGCGCGAGGGCGAGACGGUGUACGUCAGCCCCGACGGCGAGGAGUUCGACACGAUCGAGUACGCGCACCAGGCGUUCCAGAUCGCGAACGCCAGCGGCAGCUCGCUGCGCGACGUGACGAAGGCGCUGAACAAGUUGCGGGAAGGCGAGGCCGAAGAGGUGCCCGAGGCACCGGGGCCGACUGUCGAGGGCCUCGCGCAGGGCAAGUUCAGGGGCGCAGUGCUGAGCCAGCACGACGACUGGAUGCACCGCGGAGACCACCCUAUUGUCCGAGACAUGAGCUUGUACGUCUACAGCAUCUGGGUGUACCGCGUGGAACUGCCGCUGCAUGCCCUUCCGGCCGGGGAGCUGGAUCCCGAGGGCAGCGGGGGUCGCACCCUGCACGUCGACAUCGCCUUCGACUCCUCCUACUCGGCGGCGCGGAACUGGACGCAGAGGCUGGCCGUCGAGCCGCGCAUCCCGAAGGCCGAAGGCUUCCAGUUCGUGAGCGCGGAGUCGAACGUGGAGACGCACUACCUCAUGAAGUCGGUGCUGCUCCGGCCAGUGCGCCUGCCGGACGCCGACGGCCCCAACGACACGAAGGAGCUGCGCUACCUCCGCGCGUACGAGCACCUGUGCGCGGCGCCGGAGGGCGAGCCG